GCCGUGACACCCGGAAGAGGAGCCGCGGUAGCCGGUGCUCCUGGUGAAACAGAUUGCUGCCAUGGACCCAAGAUCAGACACAUUGCUUGUGGCCUUUCCUGGCUUUUCCAGCUCCAUCCUGCAGAAGCUCAACCAGCAGCGGAAGCUGGGCCAGCUGUGUGACAUCACGGUGGUGAUCCAGGGCUACCACUACCGUGCCCACCGGGCCGUGCUGGCGGCAGGCUCGCCGUACUUCUGCGACCAGGUCCUGCUGAAGAGCAGCGCGCGAGUCGUGCUGCCGGACAUCAUGCGGCCAAGCGUGUUCGAGAGCCUCCUGCAGUCCUGCUACACGGGGACACUGCAGCUGCCCCCUGGAGAGCUUGUUGCCUUCCUGACUGCCGCCAGCUUCCUGCAGAUGUGGCACGUGGUGGAUAAGUGCACCGAACUGCUGGGUGGACAGAAGUCCCUGCCCUGCAGGGAUCUCACUGCUCCCGAUGACAACAGCCCUGGUGAGUGCCUGGUGGAUGUGUCGCAUGGAGGUUCAGCGGAAAAAUUCCCUGACUAUGGGGACGGAGGUGUGGGAAUGGGGCAAGGCUUCGGAGCAGUCGACUCGCCGAUGUCUGAACCGGAGCUGCCCACCGCUGAGGAGGUUGGUCUCAGCGUGAGCGAAGACAACGGAGAUAUUUGGCCGCUUUGUGCUCAAGACGACAACAGCGGAUGUGUCCUGGUGAAGGACGAGGGGCUGAAGCAGGAUGAAGUCGGCAGCUCAUCCAAAGGAGACCCAGGUGCAUCUCAUGCUGGGUUGCGCCCUUUGUCGAGCUACACUGGGGCCAGGGAGCGGGACCACAGCUUUGAGGAAGAGAGUGGAGGAAAGGUGUUGCUGAAGGUGCCUCCACUGGGCUGUGUGAGCCCACCUGUGGACAAUAUCCCUGUUAAUGUGGACGAAGAAUCCUCAGCAGGAGGCUGGGAAGACAAUUCUGAAUCCGUCCAGGUGAAGGCCUCUAAUCCGGGACCAGCCGGCGCUGUAAAUGUGCUGCACCCCUACCUAUGCGGGAAGAACUUCACCCCUAAGAGCCAGCGAGACCGACAUGGGGGCAUCCACCUGGGCCCGCGUCCCUACAGUCGAUCCGUCUGCGGCAAGGCGCUUGAGACAAAGCACCAGCCUUUGUGCCACAUGAAGAGCCACGCGGGUGCCGCGCCUGUCCACUGCAGCAUCUGCGGGAAGAAGUUUAAAUGCCCCGACAGCCUCACCCAACGCGUUCCGUCCUGCAUCUGCAGCGUCUCGGAGAGGUGCGGGGCUGCGGAGCAGACCACGCAGAUCUGCUGAUCCUGGAUCUGAACCGCCUGUCCCACUGAAGACAGGACCAGCAACCGCUACUGGUUGGGGUGACCGCAGUGCUCUCAGUUAACAUGCACAUUUCAGCGUUUGGUUACAGCUCUCAUUCACCUCUUCCCAUGCUUUUGCCGCAUUUUUAUUCUGCUGCUAAACAACAUGCUGCCAGCCCGAUGGGAAUAUGCUUACGAUUUAUAGCCGCCUCGUUAGUCAGUUCCCUGUAUGUUAAGUAGGUGCUUUUUACAUUCGAAUGGAGGAAGAGAUUGUGGCUGAACUGCUCUUUUUCAGAUCAGGUGCAGGUGGUUCUCAAUUUACGGCAGGGUUCCAUUACAACAACAACCGGGUCCUAAGUCACAAAAUCCCCUUACGCUGUGUUAUAUGAACCAUAAGGGUAUAUAAACAGUUUAUCAUGCCUGAAUGUUGCU